GCCAAACCGAGCUGGCCCAGGUCGAAGCGGAUCGGCUACCACUGCGCGCUCCUGCUUGGCUCUCAUGAGCUGAAGGAUGCUACUCAUCCAUGCAGUGUCCUACGUCGGCACAGCCUUUGCACUCGUCUUUGUCACGCUCAGCUUGGCGAGCGGCUUGCUGUACGUGUCCGAGUACAUAGAAGAGAACUCGAAGCUGGCCAAGAUAUGGGGACAGCGGCUCGUGUUUGGCGUCAUCGGCGCUCACCUUCUGUUCUGCGUCUUCGACAAGCUGCCCCUCCAUCUCACCGUUCUGGGCAUACUCUGUCAGGUCGUGUACCUGCAGAACAUCGGACGCAACUGGCCUGUCAUACCCGUCACUUCAGCUAAAUUCUUGCUCUCCGUCAUCCUCGUCUUUGUCGACCACUUUGCUUGGUUCUUCUACUUCCAAGACCGCGCGAGGGAGAUACAACGACAGGUCGUCCCCCAUGGCAGACGCAACCACUGGAAGGCACCCCACCUCACGCCUCGACUUGAGCCCAUGACGUUCAAGGAUGUCGCCACUUUCUUUGGCAUCUGCGUCUGGCUCGUGCCCUUCUUCAUCUUUCUCAGCCUGAGCGCGAACGAGAAUGUCCUGCCGCAAGACUUUGCACUCAAAUCACCCGCGCCCGGUAGCACAGCAGAGAACGGGCCGCCCGUGACACCCAAGCGAGUGGGACCGCGUGUCCCUCUCCUCAAGCAGAUCCUCGUGCCCAUUCUCGAGAUGAUCCCGUCCAAGAAGAAGACUUCGCGUUCACAGAUGGAUGGACUCAUCGCUUCGCCCAGUCGCACACGACCCAGCUCACCCCUCGGCUGGAACUCUCCCCAGCUCUCGCCUGCCGUUGGAUCGACUCACCCAUCGCCGUACUUCCCACCCACGCCGACAGGCCAAGGACUGGGAAUCGCGACCAAUAUGGCGAGCCCGAGAGCGUCUCAUGGUUCUCCGACGUCUUUCUAUUCGCCCAGCUUGGGCUCGCCCAUGAGAACCAAGCCGAAUCACAAGAGAAGCUUCACGAGUCCUUCUGUACAGCUCAAGAAGGCCUCUAGUUCGCUCAACUUGCUCUCGUCGCCUAUCAGCAGCAUGGACAAGCCCGCCAGAGGCGACAGCAACGAUCAGCUCGAGCUAGGCGAUCCUCUCGCUCCGGACGCAGGCGACGAGGGUCCACAAGAGCUAUCGCAUGACUUUCCGUUGGCAGGUAGAGACGUCUUGCUAGACAGUCCGAGUUCGAACAUCAGUAUGAGGCGAAGACAGUAAACUGUUAUAUUCAUUGUCAAAAGAUGCACUCUUGCACAACACGUAUAGCCGACGAGCACGACAGGAUCUCAUUGCCUGGCAAAGGUGACCUUGAUCUUGCUCUCUUCGUACUUUUGAUUGUGCAGUGCUUCUCUGGCCACGCCCGAACUCGUCUCGUCGGUGAACUCGACAAAGGCGAUACCCUU